AUGAUUGGUCCUGUGGCAUAUCGCCUUGCGCUUCCACCCGAACUGUCCAAUGUACAUAAUGUGUUUCACAUUUCGAUGCUUCGUCGAUAUCUUCGGGAUCCAAAGCAUGUUGUCAAUUAUGAGGACCUAGAAAUUCAAGAAGACCUCUCUUAUGAAGAACAACAUGUACAGAUUCUCGAUCGUCGUGAUCAGGUCCUUCGAAAUAAGACUAUACCUCUCGUAAAAGUCUUAUGGAGAAACUAUCGUGUCGAAGAAGCGACAUGGGAAACUGAAAGCCAAAUGCAAAACAAGUACCCACACCUCUUCGAGAACCAAGGUGAUGAGGUUUAG